UGAUAAUAACUGAGUUGCACAGCUCACCGCCUACCACGAUUCACUUUCCUGAAUUACAUGGCGACGAACGGUGGAACUGUCAGGGACGCAGCCGCUCGACGGCGGCGAAUCGCCGAGAGAGGAGCGGAGCGUUUGGCUCUCAUCACUGGUCGUGCCCAGUCCACAUCAUUAUCAUCAUCUCCGUUGCCUCCUUCUGUAGUCGAGUCGCAUCACUCUUCUACUGCACCAUGCCCUCCUUCCAUUCCUCGGAAUCCUGAUCAAUUUCCUCUCUUAGAUGAACACAACGAUUCCCCUUCAAUCACAAAGCCUGCAAUUGAUGAUGUCCAAAUAACCAAAACAUCUGUAGAAGCAUCUUCAUCACCCAUCAAAACACAAUCUUUUCCCAAUCCCACCACAAUAACAGAACAACCUCCAUCAAUCUCAACCUCAAACAAGUCAAAAUCAAAAACCAAUCUUGGUCAAACUCUCACCCCUAAUAGGCUACGCCCUGCUAUUACAUCAUCACAAAACACCCGAACAUACUGUUCAAUCAUAGCUGCCCUGUUAGUCCUAUUAUCAUAUGCAGGCUUCCCUAUUCUGGGCAACAACUCUAUAAAGUAUAUCAUACUUUCAAGGCCACUUGUUCUACUUCUAUUGACCAAUAUAACCUUGGUGGUUGCACCUGUUCUCUUGGAAAAAGUCAACCGGGAAGGACACAGGGGGUCUUUGACUGGUGAGGUGGGUGGUUUUGGUGAUCAGUUGGGUAUGGCUUUGGAGUGGGGUAUGUUGAUGAAAAGUGGUUUAAGUGCUUUGUUCAUUGAUUGUAGUAUUUACUCAGUGGUUCUUGUUUGUGGUAUGUCCUUUCUGAAGAAAUUUGGGUGGUAGAAUACAUUGUUUAUGAAUCUUGAUGUGUUUUAGUCAGAUUUAUUGUUUUCUUCUUUUGAAAUAGAGAAUGUGAUUUCAUUGUAUCAAGUUGC